AUGUACUCAGAUAACGGCACAACCUUCGUUGGAGCCGAUAAGGAGUUAGCGACGGCCUAUCGAGGUGCGUUGCGCGAUCCGAAUUUUCUGAAUAGCACCGCGAGCGACGGUAUCACGUGGAACUUUAUUCCGCCGUCCGCUCCUCACUUCGGUGGGCUCUGGGAGGCUGGAGUCCGCAGCGUGAAGCAUCACCUGCGUCGCGUGUUAGGAAGUCACACGUUGUCAUUCGAGGAGUGUUCGACCCUCUUGUGUCAAAUCGAGGCGUGUCUUAACUCGCGCCCGAUUGCUCCUAUCUCUGACGAUCCUGAUGAUACUCGAUACCUGACUCCAGGACAUUUUUUGGUCGGUUCUACCAUCACUGUUCCUCCAGAGCCGUCAGUGCUCAAUCUCGCCGAAAAUCGGCUAUCACGCUGGCAAAUCGUUCGCCAUAUAACAGAACGCUUUUGGAAGCUUUGGACGACGGAUUAUGUGAAUACGCUGCAACAGCGUAGCAAGUGGCGCAAAAUUCAACCUCCGGUGACCAUUGGACAACUCGCCUUAUUACGCAACCCGUUGUUACCUCCCUGCAAAUGGGAGCUUGGUCGAGUCGUUCGACUUCAUUCCGGCUCUGACGGUCUGACUCGCGUAGUCACCAUUAAAACCGCCGCCUCGGAGUACGUGCGCCCGAUCUGCAAAUUAUGUAUCCUACCGGUCACGGAUACAGAUCGUCCUGCCGCGUGA